AUGGCCAAGAUUCAUGGAAUCCAAAAGAUGGGUAGUCCCCCUAAGUUUUGCAGAACCAGCCUAAAAAUAUCACUCCGCAAUGCUCAAACAGCUUCUUCUUCUUCUUCUUCUCCUCCUCCAAAUACUACCUUUUCUCCUGAAUACAAGUUUGAUAUUUUCUUGAGUUUUAGAGGAGCGGACACUCGCACAAAUUUUACAGAUCAUCUCUAUAAAGCUUUAGUUAGAAAAGGAUUUCGUACCUUUAUAGAUGCUGCAGAACUUGAAAAGGGAGAAAUAAUUGAUCAAAACCUUCUGCAAGCAAUUGAAGAAUCAAAAUUUUUCAUCAUUAUUUUCUCAGAAAAUUAUGCAAAUUCUGAGUCGUGUUUAAAUGAACUCGUGAAGAUCAUGGAGUGCACAGCAAAGGGAGGGAAAGCUUUUCCGAUAUUUUACCACGUGGAUCCAUCAGAAGUGGAAAAACAGUCUGGAAAAUAUGGAGAAGCAUUUGCAGAUCACGAAAAUGAGGCAAACCUAGAGAGGGAGCAGAUACAGAAAUGGAGGACUGCCUUGACGGAAGCCAGCAAACUAGCUGGAUAUCAUAUACACUACCAGUAA